AUGAAAUUAUUACUAUCUUUAAUUUUAAUUGUUGCUUUAUCAAGUUCUUUCAUCAAUGCUUUCAAGAUGCCAUCCAAAGGCAUUAAAGAUGUUGAUUGUGCCUCCAAGAUUUCUAGUUUAAGUGGAUAUAACACUUGGUUUGAUGUAGUAUCAGCAAAUGGGGUAUAUCAAAAUGGGGACCAAGAGGGACAGGCUUCAUUUUAUGAAUCUGGUUAUGUCUCUGUAGACUACGAUAACAAUCAAGUACAUGUCAUGUUUGGCCUUAAUAUCGAUGGCAAUGAUGUAGUAGGUAAAACUUGGUUAUAUUCAAAAAAUCAAACCCAAUAUGUAAUAGUUGAUGGUCAAACUUGUAUUAAAGUCCCAUUUACCUCAGGAAUUCCAGUAACUAAUGAGUUUACUAAAGUUGGUGAAAUUAAUCUUGGUAUGAUCAAUACCCAAAUCCUCCAACCAGCAGCCUCAGACUCACUAACAAUUCAAGAAAUUUUUGUUGAAACUCAAUAUUGUUCACCAAUAGCUUCUAAAAUCGCCAAUGCCCCAAAUAAAACACCAGGUUCUACAAUAAUGAAUUUCUACAAUUACCAAAACACUGUUGCCCCAGCAGAUUUUGUAUUGCCAGCCGAAUGUUCUGAUUUAAAUUCAAUCAAACUCUCAUCUCACAACGAAGUAUUUGGUAAUACUAAAAAUUAUGGAAGUGGGGAUUGGAAUGAGUCUAAAGAAGAGUUUGCUAAGCAUAGUGAUAGAUUUAAUCUUGACAUAAAAAACUAUUAUCGAUAA